AUGUCUGUCAAACGGGUCAAGCCGGAGGCACCACCUGGAGGCCCCAUCCAUCCAACGCAAAAACCCAUGUGUGGCAGCAGCGUAUGUUUGGUGCACCUCCUGGAGCUAAACGUCACGGCCGUGGCCGGCAGUUCACCGCAGUUCACCGCAGUUCACCGCUCCUCUGCCCACAAAGCGAAGCCUGCGUUGACCAUGAUGGACCUGUCUGCGACGCCCACAAGCCGGUCCACCUCGCCUAUCGUGGAUAUCAACUUGCUGCUCGAGCCUCGGGGCUCCGAGUCUCCCGCGAGCAAGAAGAGCUCAGGAUCAGUAGCAUCCAAUUCUACUGCAGCAACAAGACCAUAUACAAUCGCCCCUUCAGCGUAUACGCAGUCUCCUGCGCAUGGAACAUCACCCGCAUAUGCUACUGGAUCACCAGCGUAUGCACUCCCACCCUAUGGCCCAAUUUCCGCCUAUCCCGCCCAGGCGCCAACGUCAGGCCCCCAUGGACCUGGACCGAUGCUAGGAGGACCAGUUUUACCGGCAAUCGCAGAGCUUCAGCGGCACUCAGAUCCCGCAGGCCAGCCUCAAUUUCGGCCGCUGUACUCGGGCCCUCCUGGGCCUCCGACCAUUCACCAAGGCCUACCUGGUACCAAUGGAUCUCCUCCGUCAGCACUGAAACGACAAGCCUCUCAAACGCCUCUGCCUGAGGAGAGCCCAGCUAAGAAGCAGUCUAAAUGGACCCCAGAAGAGGAUAACCUAACAAUCGAGCUGAGGGGCCAGGGAAUGAAAUGGGACGACAUUGCGAAGCGCCUACCUGGGAGAAGCUCGAUUUCCUGCCGACUACGCUAUCAAAACUAUCUAGAGAAGCGAGCCAUCUGGGACGAGGAGAAGAAGAACAAACUAGCAAGACUUUACGCUCGAUUCAAAGAUCAAAUGUGGCAGAAGGUCGCAACUGAAAUGGGGAUUCCCUGGCGGUCGGCUGAGUCGAUGCACUGGCAGCUAGGAGAGCAAGAAAUGAGCGCCCGUGCCAAUGCACCAGUCUUUCAGCUCCAUCCGUCUGCAACCGGCACAGGAAUUAGCUCGCCCUCUCAAAUGUCCGCCGUGCCCGCCCCAGCGCAGCAGGGUUUCACUCCGGCAAAUACAGCUCAACUGAUGCCCAACCCACCACCAAUGCCGACACAGCAUCACCAACCGCCUCCGCCAUUACCCCAAGGUCCAAUACAUGGGUACCACCGUCGUACUGACAGUGGCUCGAGUGCAGAACGGAGAAACAGCUCCUUCAGUCGCAGACGGGCAGAUCCUCGAUCUAGGUCCAGCGUUCCUCCUCAACUUGGUCAGCCACUUCCCCAGAUCCACGCUGCGUCUGAAGAAGAUCUUGUAAGCGGGGCACGAACAGCACCUGUGCCUGAUAUGUACUCGGGCAUCAAAAGAGAGGGUUCUAGCUACAUCGAACCAUAUCAGAGGAAGAGACGGGAAGAAGAGGCUGUAGGCCCACCACGGUCGGAGCUGGAGGCUCGAAGUCAGGGAGGCAGGAGUCCAGACAGGCUAUCGCAACGCAGUGGAACUGGGAGUGUGAAGAGCAUGAAGCGCGAGCCCGAAGAAGUCGAGCGAACCUCUGCCGUGCCUUCUCCCCCUUCUGCGACCUCUUGA